AUGGAGGCUGCUCUGGUGAGCGUCUCCACGGGGGUGUUGAAGCCGCUCCUGUCCAAGCUCACCAAACUGCUGAGCGACAAGUACGUCAAGCUCAAGUGGGUGCGAAGGCAGAUCAGCUUCUUGCGAGACGAGCUGAGUACGAUGAGCGCCACACUCCAGAUGCUCGCAGAUGCAGAGGAGCUCAACCCCCAGAUGAGAGACUGGAGGGACAAGGUACGUGAGCUGGCCUACGACAUUGAGGACUGCAUCGACACCUUCAUGACCAAGGUCGACCAUGAGCACCGUAGACCUAUGGGAUUCAACCUCCUUCGGAGGCUCAACAAACUGAAAGAUCGCCAUAAGAUUGCUAGCGAAAUCCAAGAACUGAAGGCUCGUGCAGCUGAGGUAAGCGAUAGGCACAAGAGGUACAAUUUUUUCCAGGGCACACACAGCUGUAGUACUUCUGGUAUCGACCCCCGGUUACCGGCGCUCUACGAGGAGGUUGACAGACUUGUAGGCAUCAAUAGCCCCAAGAAUCAUAUCAUCGAGCGGUUAUUUGCCCAGGAGGAGGAUUCUUCUUCUACAAAGCUUAGAGUGAUCUCGAUUGUUGGUUGCGGCGGUCUUGGUAAGACUACUCUAGCAAACCAAGUCUAUCACACUGUUAAAAGUAAGUUCAAGUGCGCAGCUCUUGUGUCGGUUUCUCGAAAUCCAAAUAUGAAAAGGAUUCUAAGAGACAUUGCUCAAGGACUAGGUAUCACUGAUUACAUAUUGGAUGAUGAUGAGCAUCAAAUCAUUAGUAAACUCAGAGAGCACCUCCAGCAGAGAAGGUACUUUGUUGUAAUUGAUGAUAUAUGGGAUGAAAAAUCAUGGGAAGUCAUCAAGCUUGCAUUAUUGAAUAAUAAUUGUGGCAGUAGGAUAAUCACUACAUCACGAAAAGUUACAGUUGCUUUAUGUUGUUCUUCUGGAGGUGGUUAUGUUUAUCAGAUGCAGCCUCUCAGUUUUGAUGACUCCAAAAGGUUGUGUUUUAGAAGAGCAUUUGGUCAUGAGAAUUUCUACUGUCCUCAUCUGGGAGAUGUUCCAGAUCAGAUAUUAAGAAAAUGUGGUGGUCUACCAUUGGCAGUUAUUACUGUAUCUAGUAUGUUAACUGAUCAGCACACAAGAGAUAAAUGGGAUAGGGUUCUAAAUGCUAUUGGUUCCGCACUUGCUAAGAAUCCAGGUGCUGAGAAUAUGACAACUAUAUUAUCUAUGAGUUACUUUGAUCUUCCUCACUAUCUUAAAACUUGUUUGUUAUACUUAAGUGCAUUCCCAGAAGAUCAUAGGAUUGGCAAACAGCGUUUAAUAAACAGAUGGGCUGCUGAAGGAUUCAUAUAUGAAGAACAAGGCCAAAGUGCAUAUGACAUCGGUGAGCAUUAUUUUAAUGAUCUCAUCAACCGAAGCUUGAUCCAACCUGUUGAUGUAAAAUAUGGCAACGCACAGGCAUGCCAAGUUCAUGACAUCAUUCUUGACUUCAUCACGUGCAAGGCUACUGAAGAGAAUUUUAUCAGUUCAUCAGAAACUGUAAGGCAUGGAAAAUUUUCAGAUUACCAGGAAGGAAUGAUUAGACAGAUGAAGAGUUUGGAAGUACUAGAGGAAUUCGGCAUCCACUCUCUCCAAGUGGCGGAGUCUUUGCAAGAAUUCAGUCAGCUAAUCAAGCUGAGGACAUUGGUAAUUUCAUGGAACUUGUAUUGUUCAUUGGACUUGGAAGGAAGCAGCAGCCUAAUUGUGGACCCUCAAAGUUAUGUGAGAACUUUGAUUUGUACAAGCAAUAUUCAUAAUCUAUAUAUCCAUGACUACCAUGAUGAAUUUCCUUGGUUUCGCGCAUUUUCAAUGGAUUCAUUGUCCCCUACUGCUCGCUGUAGCCUCCAGAAGCUCCACAUCACAUACUGCUCUACCAACAAGGUGCCAAAGUGGUUGAGCUCUCUUGGAAAUCUCAAGGAACUUGAGUUGCAUAUCUACUGUACAAGACCGGAAGAUCUUGAGAUCCUUGGAGCAAUACCUAGUCUGCUUUCUCUCGAACUAGUCACUUUGUAUGGCACCAAUGGAAGAAUUACCUUCAGCAGCGCCAAAGGAUUCAGAAAUCUGAAAUCUUUCUCCCUGUACAUCAUGAGUUGUGGGACCGCGCUGGAGAUUGAAACAGGAUCAAUGCCAAAACUUGAGCACCUGAAAUUAAGGUUCUGCGUGCAUAAGAUGGAAUGCCUGAAUGGUGCUUCUACUUUUGGCAUCAUGCACCUUUCCGCCCUCACAAAGGUGGAGGUAGUUAUUAGAGGCGACGUCGAUUGUUUUGAUUUAGUGGAGGAUAUGGAUGAUUGCAUUGUGAAAUCUGUUGCAAGCACCAUCAGAGAUGUUGUUCAGACACAUCCCAACUGUCCCACGAUCAGUUUUGAAAUAGAGGAUGAUGGUAACUAUUGUCGACAUUUUAAACACUGCCUCGAGCUUAUCAAUAAAAGGUUUCGAGUACCAAACGAGUGGCUCGGAAAAUAUCAAAUUGAAGAAGCACACAGCAAGCAAGUAAGAUCUGGGGAGGCUGAACGAGAGGAUCACAAUACGUCGCGUUUGAAUGUGCUUGAUGAGAUGAAUGAAGACGAAGAGGAGCAGAGAGAGAGGUAUUGGCAGGAACAAUUAGAAGCAUGGAUGGAUACGGAUUCUAUCUACGAUUAUUGA